UAAACAACAAACUCGCGUUUCAACCGCGAUGGCGAACGUACCGCAAGAAUUAUCGACUAUUUGCCGAUUUUGUUUGUGCCAGAACGUGAAACUUCUGCUGCCGAUUGUGAAAACCUUGCACACACUGUUAACAAUCGAAGACAUUGAAAGAUUCACCGGGAUUGAGAUCGACCCGACAAACCUAUCGUACACAGUGUGUCUGGAAUGUAUAAACAAAUUGAAAAUAUCUACCGAUUUUCGAUCGUUGUGCUUAACUAAUGAUGUACGCUUUAAAUUGCUGCACAGUAUGCUGGUUUCAAGUGCCGAAAGCGCACCGCACGAACCCACAGAAAUGGAUUACGAUAGUUUCGAACAGAAUCGUGCGGAACAUAGCUACGACGAAUCAGUUUCUAGCCAAAGUCACUACGGAGAACGCAUACACACAGAAAAGCGCACUGAAUAUCGUCAGCAAACACGGAACACAACCAAAGGGCAAACGGCGCCAGGGGAAGAUGCACACUUCUACUCCGCCAAUUACAUCGAGCCUGGUGUAACGUUAGUUUCGGACGAAGAGGAUAUUGAUGAGAAGGAUUUUAUAUUCACCCAACUAAACACUUCCCAUUUUCCGUCAGUCAAAUACGAGCGACAGCGUGGAAAGCGAAAACUACACCUUUGCAACGUGUGCGGUAUUUUCGUAAAGCACAUACCGAAACAUAUAAUCAAUCACGAGGACGAUAUUACAGAAGCAUGCCCACACUGUCCCGUAAAAAUGAAGCAAAAAACCAACCUAAUUGCUCACAUCAAAACGGUUCACCUGAAAACAAUCAACAAAACGUGCGAAAUAUGCGGCAAAGGAUUUGUGCAUCAUAAAACAUACCGAUAUCAUAUGAAAUCACACCAGGACGAGGGAAGAGUAUUUGAAUGCCAGUCGUGUUUGAAAACGUUCAGCCACUCAAAUGCUUUAAAGGACCACUUCAAUCGACUUCACAAUAUCGCGAGGAAGCAAAAAUGAACCAUAGUAUG